AUGUAAUCUUGUGAUUGGAAACUCGAGGUGCAAUAAGUUCUCGAACAUCCACAAAACUAUUUACUUUCUUUAAUCUUGCAACUCAUCUAUUUUGAAAUAGAAAAAGAGAUCGUGCUAGUUUUGGAAUACUGUUCUCAUGAACAAUUGAAUACACUUUAAUAUUUACAACCUAUGAAAGAUUUUAGAAAAGAACAGCAGUUUAGUAUAUUUAAUAAAUAAGUUUUGCUAUAUUUUACAUACACAAAUAAGGUGUUAUACAAGGAGAUAUGGAACCUAAUAAUAUUAUCCUAAGUUUUGGAUAAGAAAAGUUAGCUGAUUUAUCUUUUUUGUAUAUUUUCCAGAUGAAGAUCGAUAAACUUAAUGCGGAACAAUUAUUCAUAUAAAUUUUAGAGGAAGAAACUUAUGAUAAGAAAAAGAUAUUUGAGGUUGAGG